AGGCGUCGCCUCCUCUUUUCCCCUCUCUUCCUCUUCCUCCUUCUCACAUCUCGCGUAGACAAGGAGAUAACGUGUGAGCUUUCUUCCUUUUUUUUUCUAAUUUCUGCCGAUUUUGGGGGAGAAAAGAAACCCUGAUGGAGGCGGCUGCGGCGACGAUGCUGGAGGCCGGGGUGGGGCGGUUCCGGGCGCCGAACCUGGCGGCGCUGCUGGCCGAGAUGUGGGCGCCGCUGGCCGUGGCGCUGGCGGCGAUGGCGACGCUGCCCAGCCUGCUCGGCAGGCUGCAGGUGCUCAUCCUCCGCCUCCGCUCCCGCGGGAAGGAGGUCAUCUCCUCGCACAUCUCCACCUACUACUCCUCCGGGGACGAGGACUCCGACUACUCCGAUGGCGAUGAUGACGAGGACGACGAAGACGAGAGCUCCGAAGACGAAGCGGCCACCAGCUCUUCCGGCGAAGAGGACUCUGGAAGGAGGGCACUGGGGUACUUCGAGGGCGCCGCCGAGGGGAUCGACGGCUGCUUCCCGUGGGGCGGCGCCGUCGUGCGGACGUGGCAGGAGCGGUUCUCCUGCGGCGGCGGAGGAGCUAGAUUUGGAUCCGCGGGUGGGGAACCGCCGGCGGUGACGCUUUGGGGUGCCAGCUCGGCGAGCGGCGACCAGGCGUGGUGGGAAGCCGAUGACAGCGGCCGCAGGUCGGUCGCCGAGGCAGAAGCGCCCGUGGUCGUUGGGUGGCGGCGCGAGCACGCCGUGCGGCGGCGGCAGCGGCUCCUCCCGUUCUGCGCUCGGCGGAGUGAAAGACGGGACGGGAUGGUAGGUGUGGCCGUGUGAAUAUGCUUUGGCUGAGAUGCCGAUUCCCGGCUGGUCCCACCUGUCAGUGGGAUGAUCAAAGGAGGGUUGGGUUGUUUAGGAGCUGUGGUGGCGAUGAUUAUUGUUCAAACUUUUGCUUAUCUCUGAAAGAAGAUUACAAAAUCGGAGGAGCUGUGUCUACAAAGCUCCUGUUGCUCGCUUGAUCUUCAAUCGAAGAUUUGUACUACUACCUCACCAUUCUUUGAGAUGGAAAUGGAAAUGCUCUAAUGCAUGACUCUUUCUUCCAAAA